AUGGCUCACCAGGCAGCCUUAUCCAACGACCCAAUCACGAACAAGACGGCCCAAACAACCGUCACAUGCGUUUACCAGGCCCACAUAUCGGGCUUCUGGCGCAAUGUGACCAUCUUAUGGGCCAAGAACCUCAUGAACUACUCCCUCAGCAUCUCAAUCGACAGCACCGAACAAGAAAACCUCGUCUACACAUCCAAAAUCGACCUAAAGCCCUGGCACUUCUGGGCCAAAAAGGGCUACAAAACGCUCGACGUCGACGGAUGCCAGCUGGACGCCUACUGGGAUCUCCGGUCAGCCAAAUUCGCCAGCGGGCCCGAGCCCUCGUCAGAUUACUACGUUGCCCUUGUUUCUGAAGAGGAAGUCGUGCUCUUGCUUGGAGACCUCAAGAAGAAGGCCUACAAACGGACCAAGGCCCGGCCCACGCUCGUUGAGCCCAUGAUUUUCUACAAGAAGGAGAAUGUUUUCGGGAAGAAAUCGUUUUCGACGAGGGCCCGGUUUGACCAGCGGCGGAAAGAGCACGAGAUUGUGGUGGAGAGCUCGAUAACGGGCCCUCGGGAGCCCGAGAUGUGGAUUAGCAUUGAUGGGAUUGUGUUGGUGCAUGUGAAGAAUCUGCAGUGGAAGUUUCGGGGGAAUCAGACGGUUCUUGUGAAUAAAGUGCCGGUACAGGUGUACUGGGACGUGCACGCGUGGCUGUUUUGUCCAGCUGGCGCUAAUCACGGGCUUUUUAUAUUCAAGUCGGGGGAGGGGGAAGGUGGGGAGAGUGAUGACGAGAACAGCAGCAGAGGGGACGAUAGCGAGUGUAGCGGGAAUAGCAAGUAUUACUCGACGCAGAGCUAUUCGAAAUGUUGUACCGAUUUUUGUCUUUUUCUGUAUGCGUGGAAGAUCGAGUGA